GGUUAUUGGUGCUGCACUAUUGGCGUGAUCAGUGCUUCUGAUGCCCCACAGACUAUGGUGGGAUCCCAGAGCCACGUACAGUAUGAGAUGCAGGAUAGUCUACACCGAGACCUAGUGCAGGAGAGCGUGCCUCAGGACAAGAUGGCAAGACGUGGUCAGAUGCUGAGACUGAAAGCCAAACCGCCGGAGGUUAAAGCUCUGCAGGUGACGAGGCAGACAGAGGUCCUACAUGAACGGCAGGAAAUCACAGAGUUUGGCAAUAACCUGCAACUACUGCAACCACAUCAUCAGGAUGAGAAUCUCCGAGAGAACCGUCAGGAGAGGCCGGACAGCACGCCGGACACCUGCAGCGAGCUGCAUAGAAAGCUGCAGGAGAUGCAGGAAAAGCUGGCACUGAAGGAGCGAGAGCAUGAUGAGAUGUGCAGAAAGAUGCAGCAGGUAGGUAGAGGGUAUGUCGGAGUAGGGAGCCUGGUCGCCAUUUCUGUGUUAUAACUUGUGCUGUAUUGCAGAUGCUGAAAGAAGCCGAGGAAAUGAGCAAUCUUCAGAUCCAGCUGGUGAGUGCGCAGAUAAUGUCUUCCUGAGCAUGUGCCUCUGAUGUGCUCACUGACAAGAUAUUUUGUUAAUGGAAAGGGUCUUCCCUGGUACCCCACCAAUGACCCCCCGGACUGUAUGUUAGUGGAAUGAGAAUGUCCCCCCCAUACUGUAUGUUAGUGGAAGGAGACUAUUGACUCCUCGCUCAGUGUCUCUCUAUCUAUUGACUCCUCGCUCAGUCUCUCUCUCUCUCUAUUGACGCACUGUAUGUUAGUGGAGUGAGAAUGUCCUCCCGUACUGUAUGUUAGUGGAAUGAGAAUGUCCCCCCGUACUGUAUGUUAGUGGAAUGAGAAUGUCCCCCCCGUACUGUAUGUUAGUGGAAGGAGAAUGUACCCCCGCCCCGUACUGUAUGUUAGUGGAAUGAGAAUGUCCCCCCUUAUUGUAUUCUAAUGAAAAGCCCCCCUUUCUCUCCAUCAGUGUUCCCCCCAUACUAUAUGUACCUUAAUGCCCCACAGGGAGGGACUGACUUAGAGAAACACCGAGACCUCCUGGUGUCUGAGAAUAACCACCUGAGACAAGAGCUGCAGCUUCUCAGAAGACGAAUGGACCUUGGGAAUGACAAGGUAUAGAAAGCACCAAGCUGGCUGGAUCUUAUACCAGCUUCCCAAAACCUGGCCAGCGAUAAAUAGGGGGACUGAGGCUUUCCAAUUGUAGUGACCCGGAUAGGGUGACACUGUAACUAAUGAUGGCCCCUGGAAGCAGGUUUGCCCUAGUAGAUAUCUCUACUCUCUAAUCUCUAGUAGAUAUCUAUACUCUCCUGCCAACUGGACCACAUGUGGUCAUCAUUCAUUUGUUGCAGGAGAUCCAAAUCCUGAAGGACUGUGUGAGCCACAUGGAGCAGGUUGAGGGGGAGCAGAAGUUGCUUAUCGCCACACUGCAGAGGGAGGUACAGCAGAAAGCGGAAUGCCUUGCAGAAGCGGAGCUGCGGGUCAGGGACUCUGUGCGGGAACGAGUAGAAGAAGAAGAGCGACUGAACCGUCGACUGAGAGAAUGUCAGCAGCCACAGAUCAAGGUUAAUUUUUAUUUAAACAGGAGCGCUGUGUGCUAUACAUAGUACAACUACCGGCCACUUUAUUCCUGUGAUUCUGGCUGUAUAAGUAGAAAUUGCCGAGUUUAAUUCCAGGUACAGACGCCGUAAUGACGCACUUGCUGUUUUGCAGUAUAUAAUGCAGAAGGUGGACGUUGAAUCAGGGAAGAUGAAGAUGGCACUCAGCCAAGCACAGAGCCGCAGUCUAUAUUUGCAGGAACAAGUAGACAUGCAACGGCGCAUGCUGGACGAUAUGCAACAGAAACUACAGCAGGAACAGCAGGAAUCAGCCGAGCUGCGGGCGCAGGUCAGUGUAUGGGAGAUAAACCGUCACAAAAUGCAGGUCACACAGCCCUGACAUUCUAGUAACACGCUGACUCUCUCCUGGCCAGGUGGAUCUCUAUGCCUUAGAACUUGACCAGUCCCAGGCGCAGAUGGUGCAAGAGUUUCAGACUCUCCAGGAGGAGAAGGAACAAGCGGUGUCCGAGGCCUUUCAGAGAGCACAGGUGGAGAUGAGAGCCGUGCACCUCAGCCUGGAUGGUAAACUCAUUGACCGUCAAGCUGUGAGACCGUGUGACCCCCUAGGAACAAAACCUAACAGCAAUGGGACAUCAGGCACUUAUUAAACAUGGCCGUGGGCCGCAAGCUCAGUCUGAGCGAGGAGUCAAUAUAAAGAGACGGUCUCUCUCUAUGUUUUAACUAUUCGCUCAGUCUCUCUGUAUUGACUCCUCGCUCAGUCUCUCUCUCUCUAUUGACUCCUCGCUCAGUGUCCCUCUCUCUAUUGACUCCUCGCUCAGUGUCCCUCUCUCUACUGACUCCUCGCUCAGUAUCUCUCUAUGUAGUGACUAUUCGCUCAGUAUCUCUUUCUCUCUCUAUUGACUCCUCGCUCAGUGUCUCUCUAUCUAUUGACUCCACGCUCAGUCUCUCUCUAUUGACUCCUUGCACGGUCUCUCUCUAUAUAUUAUGUUAUUAUUUAUAUAGUGCCAACAAAUUCCACAGCGCUUUACAGUGGGUGGGCGAACAAACAUGUAGUUGUAACCAGACAAGUUGGACACACAGGAACAGAGGGGCCCUGCUCAAUGAGCUUACAUGCUAGAGGGAGUGGGGUAGAGGCUCUCUCCUCCUUUCUUCAAUGACUCCAUAUUUAUUCUAUGUAUUUUUUAGGAGUGAGGAAGAACCUGCUCACGUUACAGCCUGCUCUCCGGACGCUGACACAGGAUUACAAUGCUUUAAAGAGAC